CGCAAAAUGGUUUGUUGCGAUAUAUGCCAGCAGAAUAUUUCGGGAAACAUUUACAAGCACAAAAGAGUUGAGCACAGUUGGGAUCGAGGUGGUAUUAAAUUGAUUAAACAGGAAGAUAAAACUCUGAUCGAAGCUAUACAAAACGAAAAAACAUUCGUUGGACCUUCGCUGUUAUAUUUGAAACGUCUCGCAAAUUAUGCGGUAACACAAAAUUUUCAAGCCACAUUUUUUGGAGUCGACUCCAAGCAAUGCCAAGCAAUCCCAAUUUGAAGAUAAUUCUAAUGUCAGCAAUGCUAAACAGCGAAAAAUUCAGUAGAUAUUUCAAUGGUUGUCCGAUUAUCGAUGUGCCUGGACGUACUUUUGAUGUUCAAACUAUGCAUCUCGAAGAAGUAUUAAUCAAAACAGAAUACAAAACGAGCAAAAUGGCCACAUAUUUGGAAGAGAAUCAAGUAUCGCAAAUUCGGCGUAUAAAAGAUGAAGACAUGCCGCGAUCAUAUCGCUUAAUGUGCGACAGUCGCCUGGAUUCUUAUAUUUUGCGAAAAGAUUGUGAAUCAUUUGAAAACGUUUUUUCUCUCAUUGAAGGCGACUACAUGCCGGCCAAUUAUGUUCAUCGUACAAAGCAACGCACCGUGUUGGGAAUUGCUGCGGAAAAUGGUUCACUGAAUAUGAUGUUAAAGCUUUUGGCUUUUGGUGAAAGUGCGACCUUUAAAGAUCCAUUUGGUAAAAGCGCAAUUGAUUAUGCGAAAGAAAAUAAACAAGAGGAAUGUUGUGAGGGUUGUGAGCUCUUAAUGUGUUAUGAACGUGUGACAUCCACCACAACAUGGAAAAAUUACGUGGAAAUUGGAAGAGCGUAUCGAUCAACACAAGGCACACAAAAUAUUAUUGAUCACAACUUACUUUUUCAUGCCAUUGAUCAUAUCCAUGAAAAUACGUCAAAAAAUGGCGCUAUUCUUGUAUUUUUGCCCAGCUACGACGAUAUAUGCGAACAACAUGAAAAGUUAGUAAGCGUACAUGGAUUACAGGAUUGGGGUUAUAAGAUUUUUGCGCUGCAUAGCGAACUAAAUGAUGAAAACAAUGAGGGUCAUGCUCAUGUCUUUGAUCGCAUGGAAAAUGGCGUUCGAAAAAUAAUAUUAUCUACAAAUAUUGCAGAAACAGCACUUACAAUAGAUGAUGUCGUCUACGUUAUUGAUGCCGGAAAAGCAAAAUCGCUGUUUUAUGACGCGGAAACCAAAUCGACCAUUCUCGAAUUAAAGUCUAUUUCACAGGCAUGUGCAAAACAGCGCAGUGGCAGAGCUGGUCGCGUUCAAAACGGCUUCUGUUAUCGUUUGUAUUCAUUGGAACAAUACAAAAUGAUGCACAAAUAUAAGCCAGCAGAAAUUGUACGAGUGCCUAUAGCAAAACUUUGUCUUAAUGCGAAAAUGUUGGCCGCACCUGAUACAUCAAUUAGUGCAUUUUUAGCCAAAGGAAUUGAGCCACCGCCACCUGCAAAUGUACGCCAAAGUAUCGAAUUAUUAACAGAAAUCAAAGCGCUAGAUGCAAGCGAAAAUAUUACAAAUUUGGGUAAACAUUUGGUAAACAUGCCAAUCGAUUGUCAAUUGAGUAAGACACUCUUCUACGCAAUUAUUUUGCGAUGUUUGGAUCCCAUUGUUAUGAUUUCCAGUGCACUGUCGGUGAAAGAUUUAUUCGUACUUUCAUUUGAAAAUACACAGGAAGUGACUGAAAAAAUCAAUGAAACAAAAAAUCGAUUCGCAGAAAAUAAAUAUAGCGACCAUCAACUGUAUUUCAAUAUAAUUCAAAAUUGGUCGAAACAAUUACGGGAACAUCAACGAAAAUUUUGUGUCGAGAAUUACAUUUCACAAGGUAACAUGUUAAAAGCCGAAGGCAUUCGACGUUUAAUCUUCGACUACAUAUGCAAAUCUGGUAUGAUUUCGCAAUCAAUGCGUGAAUUGAACGAAAAUUCCAGCAAUUGGAAUGUGGUGAACGCAUGCAUCAUGGCUGGGUUUUAUCCUAACCAUAUUGUGAAUAAUGGGAACAGCAUUGGAAAUACCCAUCCACAUCCGUCAUCUGUUGUGUCACAAGGUAGCCUAAAUCAACCUGGACUUGUGGUAUUUGAACAAAAACAAAAACGAAAGAACGGCAACUUUGUUCUGAAAAAUAUUUCAGUUUUACCAUCGGAAGCUGAAAGUUUGUUACCAAAAUUGGAAGAACUUUUAUGCCAAUUUGUUCGUUAUUGAUACAAAAAAAAUUCAUAUUAUCGUUCCAACUUAUUUUUUAUAUUUACCAUAAUUUUAAUACCGAUCAUUCAUUUAUUAUUAGUCAAUAGUAAUAGUUUCGUUUCAUUUUCUGCGCAAUGAAUGCGAUAUAAUAAGAAAAUUACACAAAUUGCCUUAGUUAUA